UAUUUUCUAGAUCAAUUGAAAGACUCGCUACCUCAGAAGUAAUUUGAAUUUUAAGCCGUUAAAAGCCUUUGGAAAAGUCAUGUCUGCCCGAGAGUACCCCAAAGUAUGGAAGCGGUUCGAAAGGACUGGCGAAGACGGGAGGAUGCUGAGAUUCGAAAUCGAGGAUAUACCUGAAGCAUUAUGGAGUACUGCAGUGGAGUUUAUGCUGGGAAAUUAUAUUAGGGAAGACGUGUGGUGGGUGGCGGCUGGUACAGCGAAGGAUUUGGAGGCUGUGCAGGAGUACAGAGUGUUGUUGACAUCGAUUGUGAAGCAGAAAAUGAGUUUGGCGUGUUUUCUGACUGAAGAAGACGGCUCGGGGCAGACUCUCGUCGGGGUGAAUAUGUGCUUGCCACAAGAAAAGGGGCGCUUCGUCGAUCACACACCGCCAAAAACAAAAGCCGGUCUGCUGUCACUGCGAAUGUUCGCGGAAGCCAUGAAGCUGACAGCGAUUUAUGACAAAUACGAAGCGAAUGAAUAUCUGAUGGGCGCUGGCCUGUCCGUCACCCCGGAGUACAGAGGGCUGGGGGUAGCCGUUGAACUGCUGAAAACAAGGUUGGAUCUAUCUAAGUCAUUGGGCUACAAAGCAACGGGUGGAAUUUUCACCAGUGCGCCCGCGCAGCGUGCGGCUGAAAAAGCAGGCUUUGAGUGCUUGCACGAGAUUUCAUACAAAAAGUUUGGGAAACAGUGCAAUAUCUCAUUCAACACUGAAACGGAAAGUUUGAAAAUAUUCGCUGCAGGCACUAUGUAGCAAGAUA